CGGCGCGGUCAGAGCCGAGGUUGAGGUGCGGGCGGAUCUAGACCGAGGGCCAGAGGCCGAGACCCGCGGGGAUGCUGCCCAUCACAGAACACCUGCUGCACCUCCUGGGAGUGGAGAAGACCUCGUUCCGCCUGUAUGCCGUGUCUGGGCUCCUGCUCUCCCUGCUCUUCUUCCUCUUCCGCCUGCUGAUGCAGUUCCUGAGGCUCUGCUGGCGCUUCUACGUCACCUGCCGCCGCCUGAGCUGCUUCCCCCAGCCACCCCGGCGCAGCUGGCUGCUGGGCCACCUCGGCAUGUAUCUUCCAAAUGAGACGGGCCUCCAAGAUGAGAAGAAGGUGCUGGACAACAUGCACCAUGUGAUUUUGGUGUGGAUUGGACCCGUCCUGCCGCUGUUGGUUUUGGUGCACCCUGACUACAUCAAGCCCCUAGUGGGUGCCUCAGCUGCCAUUGCCCCCAAGGAUGACCUUUUCUAUGGUUUCCUGAAACCUUGGCUAGGAGAUGGGCUGCUGCUGAGCAAAGGUGACAAAUGGAGCCGCCACCGCCGCCUGCUGACACCUGCCUUCCACUUUGACAUCCUGAAGCCCUACAUGAAGAUCUUCAACCAGUGCACUGACAUCAUGCAUGGUAAAUGGCGGCGCCUGGCACAGGGCUCAGUGGUCUCCCUUGACAUGUUUGAGCAUGUCAGCCUCAUGACCCUGGACAGUCUUCAGAAAUGUGUCUUCAGCUACAACAGCAACUGCCAAGAGAAGAUGAGUGAUUACAUCUCGGCCAUCAUUGAGCUGAGUGCCCUGGUGGUCCAGCGCCAGUAUCGUCUGCAUCAUCACAUAGACUUCAUCUACUACCUCACGGCAGACGGGCGGCGAUUCCGGCAGGCUUGUGACACCGUGCACCGCUUCACCACGGACGUCAUCCAGGAGCGGCGGCGGGCACUCCACCAGCAGGGGGCUGAGGCCUGGCUGAAGGGCAAGCAGGGCAAGACCUUGGACUUCAUCGAUGUGCUGCUCCUGGCGCGGGAUGAAGAUGGGAAGGAACUGUCCGAUGAGGACAUCCGAGCUGAGGCGGACACCUUUAUGUUUGAAGGUCAUGACACAACGUCCAGUGGGCUCUCAUGGGUGCUCUUCAACUUGGCCAAGUAUCCAGAGUACCAGGAGAAGUGCCGGGAAGAGAUCCAUGAAGUCAUGAAAGGCCGGGAGCUGGAAGAGCUGGAGUGGGACGACCUGACUCAGCUGCCCUUCACCACCAUGUGCAUCAAGGAGAGCCUACGCCAGUUCCCACCAGUGACCUUGGUCUCCCGCCGCUGCACGGAGGACAUCAAGCUUCCAGAUGGGCGCAUCAUCCCCAAAGGAAUUAUCUGCCUGGUCAGCAUCUAUGGGACCCACCACAACCCCACUGUGUGGCCUGACUCCAAGGUGUACAACCCCUAUCGCUUUGACCCGGACAACCCACAGCAGCGCUCCCCACUGGCCUACGUGCCUUUCUCCGCAGGACCCAGGAACUGCAUCGGACAGAGCUUUGCCAUGGCCGAGAUGCGCGUGGCCGUGGCGCUGACGCUGCUGCGCUUCCGCCUGAGCGUGGACCGAACGCGCAAGGUGCGGCGGAAGCCCGAGCUCAUCCUGCGCACGGAGAACGGCAUCUGGCUCAACGUGGAGCCGCUGCCUCCGCGGGCCUGAGCACCGGCGCCUCCCUGCGGAACCCCGGGGGCCCAAGCCCCGCCCGGAGAGGCCCAGGCCCCGCCCCCGAGGGACCAGGCCCCGCCCCCAAGAUCCUGAGGGCAGAAACCACGCCCCUCGAAGUUCACGUUCGGCUCCCAGAAGACCAGGCUCCUAGGCGGAGAAGCCUGAUGGUGCAAGCCACGCCCCUCACGACAAGGCUCCGCCUCCUGGCGGUCUGGUCCU